CUCAAACAAAGGUGGAAAGCGAAUUUCUAAACACACCUGGGAGGUUGGCAAUUGGCAAAUAAAUAAAUAUUUAAGUUUUGAAAAACAAAACUAAAUCAAAUAUUAGCUCGCGUUUUUCAAUAAGAAUUCAUCUUAAGACAACACAUAWGUUAAUUAAGUUGGCUUAAACCUUCAGUAUUAUUUACUGCAAAUUUGAGUAGUUUCAAAGUGACCACGUCACAACGAUUACUUUGUGAAACCUGUAUAGUACGCAGCAUAAAACAUGAGUUCGAAAGUAACUUUCAAAAUUACAUUAACAUCGGAUCCUAAAUUGCCUUUUAAAGUACUCAGCGUACCAGAGGGAACGCCAUUCACGGCAGUGCUGAAAUUCGCAGCGGAAGAAUUCAAAGUGCCAGCAGCAACCAGCGCGAUAAUAACAGAUGAUGGCAUUGGUAUUAGCCCACAACAAACAGCAGGCAAUGUAUUCUUGAAGCAUGGUUCAGAACUACGACUGAUACCUAGAGAUCGUGUCGGAAACACACAAUAAAUGUGAUGGGCAAUAAUAGUUGAUUUUUUAAAUUAUGUUAGCUCAACUGUAAAACAAAUUUUUGUACAAUACAAUGCUAAUAUAGCGACUAACAACCUUCUAUCAUCUUCUUGUGGAUUUUGCAGAAUGUAUGAAAUUUGUGUAAAUCAUAAUUUGGGUGUCUAACACGACUUUCCCCUAUAUAGGAAUAACAAUUAUUCAUAAAAUUACGCCAAUAAAAUGAACACAUAAGCGAUUAAAUACAAUAUAA